ACCAGGGACCAGUACAUGGGAAUAGGAGCCGGGACUAAACCGGGGUCCAGAACCGAAGAUUCGAGCCGAAAAGGGACUCAGACUGAAUCGGUGAUCACUACAUGGGGUUCAAGCCGGAUGAGACUCCCACUGAAUCAAUGUUCACUACAAGGGGUUCAAGCCAUAUAGGAACUCCCACUGAAUCAAUGUUCACUACAAGGGGUUCAAGGCAGAUAGGGACUCCCACUGAAUCAAUGUUCACUACAAGUGAAUCAAUGUUCACUACAAUGGGUUCAAGCCGGAUAGGGACUCCCACUGAAUCAAUAUUCACUACACGUGAAUCAAUGUUCACUUCGAUGGGUUCAAGUCGGAUAGAGACUCCCACUGAAUCAAUGUUCACUACAAUGGGUUCAAGAUAGGGACUCCCACUGAAUCAAUGUUCACUACAAUGGGUUCAAGCCGGAUUGGGACUCCCACUGAAUCAAUGUUCACUACACGUGAAUCAAUGUUUACUACAAGGGGUUCAAGUCGGAUAGGGACUCCCACGGAAUCAGUGAUAACUACAAGGGAUUCAAGCCAGAUAGAGACUCCCACUGAAUCAGUGAUCGCUACAAGGGGUUCAAGCAGCAUACGCAGCGAACCAACAUAUACUAGCAAUAUGGAGAAACCGAGGAGUCCAACGUAUGAAUGGAAUCCCAUGGAAGUUAGCAGCUAUUGCGACUCCACCUUCAGCGACACUGGCUAUCCUUCCUCCAAUACCAGCAAGACCAUGUUCGCCUUCGUCGGCGUUAACUACAGUACUAAGAGCAACAGAGACAACAAGUCACACUUUCUAUGAAUGCCUGUUGGAGUGUUGAUUAAUCGAGAGGAGUUUAAUUGUCGUUGAAUGUUUUUAUCAAUCUAAUAAAACGACGUUACAAAUAAUAU